AUGGGUACCCUUUCAUUAGGCAUUCAGCUGUUUCUCGUUUUUCUUUUAACAUCAUAUUUAUUGAAUAAGUAUUCUACCAUUCGAAAACAGAAUAUUAUUGUAACUAUUUCAAGCUUUGUCGGAUGGUUUUUCUCACUUAUUAUAAUAUUCGUUUUACCACUGGACGUUGCAAUUACGUUUUAUCACAAAUGCGAGCAAGAUCGCUUAAGGUCGCCAAACAAAACUAGUCAAUUAUGUGAAUUACCGGGUAAUUAUGUGCCCGAUGAAGUGCUUUUUGACCUUUGGAGAAUUGUAUAUUGGACGGCCCAGGUUUUAACGUGGUUAAUUCUGCCACUUCUUCAAAGCUAUGUUACGGCCGGAGAAUUUACAGUUUUCGGAAAAUUUCGCGCUGCGGUCAUUAACAAUGCACUUUACUAUGGCAUCUAUUCAGUAUGCUUUUUUGUAAUAUUGAUAUAUGCGAUGAUUAAGGGAGUAUCAAUGAACAUAGAUAAUUUAAAGGUAGUCAUAGUCUCCGCUUCAAACACAUGGGGUCUUUUUUUGCUCGUAGUAUUGCUAGGAUACGGAUUAGUCGAGUUGCCCCGAGUUUUAUGGCAUUUAGGAAACAGACAUUAUCGUUUACGAAAAACUUAUUUUGACAUAGAAAAGUUGGCAUCAGAAAAGAGUGAAGCGGAAGAAAAUGUGAAGGAUGUCUACAAAAAAGUUCGGAUGAUGUAUAAUUCGCUCAAAAGCGAUCAAGAAAUUCAGCGCAAAAAAGUGCGGACUAUUUUAGCAAAGUUUGAAGAUUCGACAAUUGACAAAUUGUUUCCAUCGAGGCAAAUAAUAGAUAAUGUUUCUCCGCAAAAUGAGAGCAAGUUUUCAGAGGCGAAAUUGAUAAAUAUUCACAAAAAGGCGAUUUCGGCGAUCCAAACUCUCAACAAUACAAGUGCACAAUGGAGAGAGCUUGUUGAUCGUGCUUUGUUUUUGGAAAACUUGGCAUUUAGUGAAUCUCAAGGAACUAGUAUGAUGAUGGAACGAUCGCGAAUUAUCCCGGCUUCAGUUCGAAGAUUCUACUAUUCUUACUUGCAAGUACCCUUAAGCAAGAUUCUCAGUGCUCUUUUCGUGUUUAUGACAGUUUUCAUUCUCAUAUCUGAAUGCACAUUCUUCGUCGUCUCGCCGACAUUAUCUCCCGCUGCUCUUGUCACCGAAUAUGCUGCAAAUCGUUUUCACUACAAAUACACACAGUUUGUUGCUUUUGGAAUUAUUGUUUACCUAUGUUUAUGUGCUUACUUCACAAUAUUCCGACUUCAAAUAUACAAAUAUUAUCAUUUGGAUCCGAACGGACAUACCGAUGAGAAUAGCAUAUUGUUUAGUGCAAUCCUUCUUUGUCGUCUAACACCGCCGAUUUGUCUUAAUUUUCUUGGAAUGAUUCAUAUGGAUUCGCAUAUUUCAAUGGAUCAGAAGAUGGGAAUUGAGACUCAAUUCACAAAGUUGAUGGGACAUCUAGAUUUGAUUCCAAUCUUAGCGAAAGGUAUCAACAUCUAUCUUCCAAUGUGCAUCAUUUUGUUUUGUGCUGCUCAUUAUUAUAGAGUUGGUGCUUACAUAUUGCAUUCAAUUGGAUUUGACCAAUUUGUCGAAUCAGAUGAAAUGACAAAUGAAAUGGUGAAUUCUGGAAGAUCACUUGUACAAAUUGAACGCAAUUCGAUUCGUCGAAGCAAUGAAAGAGUUCAGAGAAACGAGAAAUUCAAGUGGAAAAGCUCUUCAAAACACAAAUCUAACAAAUAUAAGCCGAAAUCUUCCAAGUAUGACGAAGAGCAACCAAUGCUUGCUGACGACGAGGACGAGGAUUCAUCGGAACAAUCCUCUCGUGUCGUCAACUCACCAACAGAACAUCCAUCAUCUGCCGGUUUCUUUGAUGAUAUGUGA